CGCGGUACAGUGGGGAGGCUUUGGAAAAGCCGACAUUUGCGGGGAGCUGCCCGGGAAGAGCUUAUUCCAUGUCGGAGCAGCAUCGGCACCCCCGCCCCGUGCCGCCCGCUCCCCCGGCACCCCGGUCAGCACAGGAGAGCAGAGGCACGGCCCAGCGCCAGCGCUGCGGGAGAGGAAAAGGUGACCAGGAUGCUGUGGCAUGGGAAGCCCUGGAGGUCCAUGUGCAAGGGGCUGGUACUGGGGACCCUCCUGACCAGCUUCAUGUUGCUGCUCUACUCCUACGCCGUCCCUCCGCUGCAAGUCAGCGUCACUGAGAUCCCUGUCCCCUUCUCCUGCUCCUCCCACCUGUCCCCUGCCCAGGCUCCAUCCCCAUCCAACGGCACGGGCAGUGCCUCGGGGUGGAGCUGCCGACCCAAGCUCAAUGUCAUGUUCAUGAAGACCCACAAGACCGCCAGCAGCACCAUUCUCAACAUCCUCUUCCGCUUUGGGGAGAAGCAUCGCCUGAAAUUCGCCUUCCCCAAUGGCCGCAACGACUUCUACUACCCGUCCUUCUUCGAGCGCAGCCAGGUGCAGCACUACCGGCCCGGGGUGUGCUUCAACAUCAUCUGCAACCACAUGCGCUUCCACUACGAGGAGGUGCGCAAGCUCCUGCCGCCCGACACCACCUUCGUGACGGUGCUGCGGGACCCCGCAUACCUCUUCGAGUCCUCCUUCCACUACUUUGGGCCCGUCAUCCCCCUCACCUGGAAGAUCACGGGGGAGGAUAAGCUGGACGAGUUCCUCCGGGAUCCCCAGCACUACUAUGACCCCAAUGGGUUCAACGCUCACUACCUCCAAAACCUCCUGUUCUUCGACUUUGGCUACGACAGCAGCAUGGAUGCCAACAGCCCGCUGGUGGAGGAGCACAUCCAGGAGAUCGACCGCCGCUUCCACCUCGUCAUGUUGCUCGAGUACUUUGAUGAGUCGCUGGUGCUGCUCAAGGACCUGCUGUGUUGGCAGCUGGAGGACGUCCUCUACUUCAAGCUCAACGCCCGCAAGGGCUCCACUGUGUCCCGGUUGACCCCUGAGCUGUACGAGCAGGCGACCGCCUGGAACCUCAUCGACGCCAAGCUCUACCGCUACUUCAAUGCCACCUUUUGGCGCAAGGUGGAGGCCUACGGGAGGGAGAGGAUGGCCAGGGAUGUGGCCGAGCUGCAGAGGGAGAACAAGAAGAUGACCAGCAUCUGCAUCGACGGGGGACAUGCUGUGGAUGCCAGCGCCAUCCAGGAGUCCUCCAUGCAGCCCUGGCAGCCCCUGGGGGAGAAGACCAUCCUGGGGUACAACUUGAAGAAGAAGAUCAGCAAGAAGCACCAGAAGCUGUGCCGCAAGAUGCUGACGCCCGAAAUCCAGUACCUGACUGACCUGGGGGCCAACCUCUGGAUCACCAAGCUAUGGAGCUACGUGCGGGACUUCCUCAAGUGGUAGGGGCUGGCAGGUGCCCCGCUUCCCUGGGGAAGAACCAGGUGCUUUCGUUUUUGUUACUCAUGGUUCUCUUGGUUUGGAACUGGCUGGAGGCUCUGGAGGCCAGGAACUUUUGGGGGGACCCUCCGUCACCUUCCUGCAGAACCCCAGCUUGGGCAGGAGAGCGGAGACUCUGUCUCUGUCAGCAGGGUCAAGGACUGGGGCUCCAGGGGUGGUGUUUUCCUGCAGGAUCCACUUCUUCCUUCCCCAAAAAGGAAAAGCUGGAGGAGGGAUUUAUGAAGGAUGUGGCCUCGUCACAGCAGGAGCAGGACAUCCAUCACCAGGUUGCUGGGUGCAGGCAGGGAUGUGUUGGGACAGCAGUGGUAGAGGGUCUCCCUUGCCCGGGGUGGGCAGAGAUGCCCACAGGGAGCCCAACCCUCCAGGAGCUCCUCAAAUCACCCCACCAAGCCCUGGUUUUGGAGUGUGGGACUGUCAGAACCUGCUGCACUGCCUCAGCCCUUGUUUGUGAUGAGUGCAGCAUGUUCUCAGCCCACCAUCAGCUAGGCUGUGACCUAGAGGCACCUGGAGCCAUUUGGAGAUUGGAAAACCCAUCCCAAAAGCCCCAGACUUUAUCAACAGGUCCUGUGGCAAAGGGCACACCCUCACUGCCCCCCAUCAUCCCAGUUAGAGGAGCCCGUGGCCCUGGUCCCCACAGGGGACAUCCCAAAAGGCCAACAGGGUCUGGUGACAGCUGGUGUGGGGAGGAGAUGGGAGCAGAUGCAGUGGGACUGUCCCCGUGAUGCCAUGCGGGGCACGGUGGGGAUGCUGAGGGCAGGGGCCGUCCCCAGUCCCCACCCUGCCUUGGGGACAAACCUCAUGCGUCCCAGCUGGGCUGGAUGACACCGGUGACGCCAUGUCCCACUGAGAGUAGCCCUGGCUGGGCACAGAGGUGGCACCUGUGGCUGAGCCACCCCCCCCAGCAAAGGGACCCCCUUGUCCUCCCACCUGUGUUGAGCUCCUUCUGUAAAGACCAGAAAUAAAAGAACAAUUUACUUUUGUAA